AUGACGGAAGUGGCGGAGGCACAGGACUUUAUCUCGCAGUGCUCCGAAGCAGCACUGAGCAGGGACCCCAUCUUUGCCUUGUUCAAGAAGCAAGACAUUGAGGCCUCCUUGGCAGCUUCCGCGACUGGCAAGUAUGCCGACUUCUGGACAGUCGACAAGCUCGCUGACUUUAACAACACCGUGGAUGCGUGUAAGGACUGCCCGCCCGAGGUCAAAGCCAUCUUCUCCGGCUCCAAGAAUCCACGCUUGCGGGCCUCCAAGAUUGGCAACCUCCUUCUGAAUCAUGCAAAAGAGCUCAAGGAAUCCGGAGGCCUGAACGCGGCUGUGCCCCAGUCUCCAGCAGCCAACACACAAACCUUCGCAGCACAAGAGGCUGCAACGCCGCGGGCAGCGACUGCGCCGUCACCGGGGCGGAGCGUGCAUGCAAGCACGAGCGACGGUGUUCAGGACGGCCCAGCCCUGCUCACCCUCCCUGCCAUGCAGCGCUACGAGUUUGACGGGAAUCUGCCGCCAGACUGCCAGCUGCGCGUUCGUGGCGGGCCCACCUCGGAUGCAGAGACACUUGGUGUGGUGACGCGUGCAGACGAGAUCUACGCAACGGCGGUGUACGGGGACUGGAUCAAGGUGGAGCUGCCAGGCUCGGGCUUUACGGGGGAGGCGUGGAUGAUGCGACAGAUGGAGAGCACGCCGCUGCUCGUCCCGGCGUCAGAACCUCCGCUCAACUCAACAGGGUACCAGGGUACGGGCCACGCCGUCGACUUUGACCCGCUCCAGUCCAGCAUCCGCUCGCAGAGUUCGACACGGUCGCCCUCGCGCCAGGUGUCGCGCAACGAGCUCGCAGCCAGUACCGGCCCCCGCAUUGCGUCUGCGGGUAACACCAAUGCCCUCAGCCAGAGUGUGCUGGCCAGCACGCAGUUCAACUCCUCAGACAUGCCACAGACCGUCAGCUAUGCUGCGUAUCAGAUGCUUGAGAUCCGGGUGAGCCGCCUGGAGCAAGAGCUCAGCAAUGUGCUGGCCAAAUUGCGCAGCGUCUAG